AUGGCCGCUGGAGAAAGACCAGACUCUCCCUCUGACAGCAGGAAGAGUCCUUCAGGGGAAGCAGGCCCAGAGAUGCCCAAACCAGCCAAACGACAUCACUGCUCCCACUGCGGAAAGAGUUUUAUUAAGUUACGAAACCUAAAAGAGCAUGAGAGGACACACACAGGAGAAAAGCCUUUCCAAUGUUCCCAGUGUGGAAGGAGUUUUAGUCAGUUAGGGAGCCUGAAAAUACAUAAGAGAAUACACUCUGGAGAGAAGCCUUACCGCUGCUCCCACUGUGGAAUUACUUUUACCUGGUUAGGAAGCCUGAAGUCACAUGAGAGAAUACACACAGAAGAAAAGUCCUACCACUGUUCCCACUGUGGAAAAAGUUUUAGGUGGUUAGAAGGCCUGACAAAGCAUGAGAGGACACACACAGGAGAAAAGCCCUACCAAUGCUCCCACUGUGGAAAGAGUUUUACUCAGUUGGGGAACCUGAAAUCACAUCAGAGGAUACAUACACAGGAGGAGAAGACCUACCACUGCUCUCAUUGUGGAAAGACAUUUUCCCAGUCAGACGACCUGAAAUCACAUGAGAGAAUAGAGAGGCUGUGUUCUGACUUAUGUUUCUGA